AUGCACUAUGAUCAUUACGGCGUCCAUCAGUGCUGCCCAGUCAACUCGAUGGAGAAGUUUACCAACUUCCAACGGCUACCGGCCGAGCUGCGAAACAUCAUAUGGGAGUUUUCUUUGCCAGAACCACGGGUUUAUGAGGUUUUAGAUGCACCAAACUCGAAACAAAAGACCCCUCCCCAUGAAGGUUUGAUGUUUGCCAACAUCCAUCCAGAACCUCCGCCAGCCUUAGCGGCCGUGUGCCGUGAGAGUCGAUCUUUUGUUCUUCACAACUACAAGGCUCUAACAUUGGGGAGGACAACCAAAUACGUCGACCUGUCUCGAGACGUUCUCCUUCUUGAGCCAUACCUACUCGUUAAGAGGCUUCACCGCACUCUCCAUUUCAUGAGCCAAAUUCCGCUACUUCGAGACAACAUCAACCGCCUCGCGCUCGGAACAUCCUAUGGCAUCUACACGGGCAUCUGCCACCCAGUGCUGAGCUGGAAGGUAUCCAAGACCAACAUGGGAAAGUUGCUUACCAACCUGGCCAAAUUCCCACGACUCAAGGUCCUCAUUUUCAUCGUUCACCAGGAGUUCCAGUUCGAGUUCGACUUCCGAUUCCCCGGCACCAUGACCCCUAUCCCGAACCAUCCGCUCCAACACUCCGUUUCGACCACGUUGCAACCUCUCUUCACGACCGGGCCCAGCGCCACUGGAUUUCCAUCCCCCAUCAGCAGCGGUAGUAGCAGUAUCAUUUCACCGUCGAGGUCUUCAUCAAGCAAUCCCAUCCCGACGCUCGCAGAACCAGCCAGCAAUGGUCUCCAUUUUGAUUCCACCAUCAGCAAUAGCAUCAGCAGCAACAAGAACACCAUCGCAAACCGUAGUGGCCUCUACACACCACCAUACUCGUCACCGUUACCAUUCCCGUCUAUCCAACCGCCGCCGUCGCCGUAUCCUGUAUCCUCUCUACAGCAUCCCCACUUACCACCACCACUCCUCCCUCUCCCUUUACUCCUCCUCCAACAACAACAACAACAACAACACCAACCGCCUCCUCAACCACAACGACCCCAACUAGUCCACCAAGCCUACCGCUUCAAAUUCGACAUCGAAGCCAACAUCAACCACGCCCCUCGACGCCCGCACCUCAACGAGCUGCUUUACUACCCGCUUGAUAUAGAGGUAGAGGACAAGGAAGAUGAUGGUGAUGAUGGGGAGAAUUUUGAUUAUUACAAUUUUAGUAGCGGGGGCGGUACCUCUAGCAACAACAACAAUCCAGGAUGGACAAACAACAACAACAACAACAACAACAACAAUCCAGGAUGGACAAACAACAACAACAACAACAACAACAACAACAACAACAACAACAACAACAACAACAACAACAUUGGCAACAACAACAACAUUGGCAACAACUACGACGAAGACGUUACAGGAGACGUAAGAAUAGGAGGAGGAGGAGGAGGAGGAGGUAGUGGCGGUUCCGGAACCGGAGGCGGCGAGUGGUCCGGCCCCUGGCCGACCAACGACGACUGGCGACGAUUCCGACGACGGUUCCAAAAGGCGGUUAGGCAGAGUUUGGAGGUUAUGGAGAGGAAUAGACUUGCUUGUUUGGCGGCGGCUGCUGCUGCUGCUGCGGCUGCUGAGGCUGCUGAAUUAGAAAAUGGAGGAGAUGGACGACAAUCCGGCAAGGGUUUAAAAGGAACUAGUAAUAGCGGACGGGGAAAGAGGUCUGGAAAGGGGACGACGGUAAAAGCCCAGGAGAAAAUCGUCGGCGGCCGUGCCAGUAGGGAGGCAGAAUGGGAAUGGGAGAGGCAGUGGGAAAGGGAAAGGGAUCCGUUGCUGCGGGGAGGAUUGGGGGGAAGGAUAGUAGGGAAGCAUGCUACUAGGAUUCGAGUACCGGCUAUUAAGGGGGCCAGUUUGCUUUGGAGGUAUACAAGGGGCGGGUAUGUGUGA